CACUCUUCUUCUUCAUGUGACCUGUUUCGCUUUGCAUCGCUUUUCAGGACCUCCUUGGUACUUUCUUAAAACUUAGGUGCUUCACUUAUAAGCUGCUCUGUGAUAGUAGAUCAGGCCCGGAUGGGAUGUUUCACGACAAAGGAUGUGAGACGACACGUACCACACCGGAAAGCGAGCACGAUUGGUCUGCCUAUAUGUGUUUUCUCAUGUAGUACUCACACCCACGCGCUGGUGAUGGCGGGACGCGUGGCUGUGGUUGUCCUGCUCGUUGUGGUCUUUGUGGGCGCCCUUGGCCUCGGCCUCGCCUUCGCCAAGGACUGUGUCGAGCCUGAUGUAGUCGUGAAGGAGGGAGAAGAAAAAAAAAUCUAUCAGGAGAAUGAAACGCAACCACAAAACGCCACGUCGAUAUCGUUGUAUGUGAAGCCGGGAGAUGACUUUGAGGGUUUCUGCGUCAAAGUGGAAGACGAAACACUUGAAGGAAAAGUUGAGCAUUGUUUUAAUGUCAAGAGCUGCAACCUGAGCAGUGCCAAUUGGACGCUGGUGACGGUGGAAGUAAAGGUCGUGCCGGAUGCUCUCACAACCUCCAAGGUCGAAUCUAAUCUGACAUUCGACAGUUGUGUCCAAACAAAAAAUGGUUCUUACAAAUUGAAGAACAUUGCACGCCUGUCGGUUUCUGUGACUGGUGCCUCCGAAUGGCUACUCAACGGCCCACCAGACCCCUGCCUUAACACCACCACCACGGAGAACAGUCCUUCCUCUGGCUCGCUGCCCACAUAUGUGAUAAUAGUGGCGGGGGUGGCGGGGGGUGUGGUGGCGGCUGUGACGGUAGGUGUGAUCAUUUGGAAGCUGCGGCGGAGACCCUCGGCCCCAGAAACAGAGUCGAGGUCCAUUCAGUCGACCGGCCACCAAGGUGCAGGCACAAGGGAUUCCAAUCUGGUCAUCGAGAACAGCCUGUAUGAACCCCUGCCCGGCCGCAUGACCCCCGCCGCCCGCCAGGAACAGCCAGGGACGGUGCAGGUCAUCGAGAACAGCCUCUAUGAACCCCUGCCCGGCCGCAUGAUCCCCGCCGCCCGCCAGGAACAGCCAGGGACGGUGCAGGUCAUCGAGAACAGCCUCUAUGAACCCCUGCCCGGCCGCGUGAGGCUGUGACCCCCGCCGCCACCCAGGAACUGUAGCGCCAGAGAUCCCUUUGUGUCUGGAACGCUCUGUAGAUAAUGAUCUCCCCGAACUAAACUCCUACCACUGUUAUUCCCCAGCGUGAGGUGAACUAAAGCAAGGCCUCGUGAGCGGAAGAUGCAGGGAACACGUCCGUCCCAACUCCAUCAUUUGUAUAGCUGUCUCCUCAUCACGUCGCAGCCCCAACAAGAAUACCUCGCCGGACGCUACUCUGUGUCUGUAACUCCUGCCAAGUGUCCUUAUUUCUGGCCGGACCGUAGGCUGGGCGGCGAGGCAGGACCUGGGCAGAUUAGAAGGUGAAUUCACGCCUUCGCUUUUGAUUGUUUUUGAGUCUAUAGUUGUGGUUCACGUGUGGUUAGUUUGUAUUUAUCUUCCCUCAAUGAGAUCCCUGCAUAUGAUUUUGAUGUAUGUACUCGUAUGUUUACAAAUUAUCAUCAAUCUGCAGUUAGGAAUGAAUAUUAUAUGUAACUGAUUUAUUACUUCUAGUCCAGUAAUAGUAGCAGCAGCAGUAACAGUGGUAGUAGUAGUAGUAGUAGUAGUAGUAGUAGAAGUUUUUGUUGUUGCUGUUAUUGUUGUUAAUGCUGAUGAUGCCGUUGUGGUAAUCACGCUUCAUCGCCCUGUGUGUCACAAUGGCCGGCCGGAUACCUACAUGUGUUCAUAUAGUUGUCAGUCAUUCUCAGACGCUACAUUUGAGUUUGUCCAAAGUAAGAAGUGCUCAGCGGCAAGGAUGGUGCUGCCCAUAACGCUUGAAGGAAAUAAACUCAUGAUUUAA